GCAUAUUUGUUUCCAGUUGCGUUUGCUCCCUGUUGCAAGUAAACAUGCUUGGGCCACCACUGGGGCUGGUUCCCAGGCAUUCACUGGCCUCCAGAUCCUGGAGAAGGGAUAAUGCCGCUUGGCCAGUUUUUCCAGCAGCCAGCUCCGUGCUGGGCCCCUGGCACCUGGCUCCUUGGCUGUGUACUGUAACGUGGCUAAAGCAGCAAAAGCGGGCAUUGCUCCGAGUGCCAUGUAGCUGCAGCAAUGGAACCCUCAGGAAGGAAACCAGCUCACCUGGGAUGCGGUGAGAAGUGGAGUGUGAACUAGGCUGGAUGCCUGAACAGGCAGAUGUUCGGGGUUGUUCUGGGUUUUCUUGGGUUACUUGGGAGGCAGUGUGCAACUGGGUAGUAGGAUUUGGAAAAUUCUGAGCAAAUGUGUAGAAUCUCAUCCUGAGCUCUUGGCAAAAGGGUAUCUGUAGUGUUAAGAAUAGUGUAGAUUUUGGAGUGAACCAACCUUGUUAUUAUCGUUAACUGUCUCCUAGCUUUCUUUUCCCUACACCCUCUCUGAACCCACUGGCAGCUGCUUGAAGACAGGGGCUGUCUGGCCUUCAUCUGCCUCUGAUUCUCAGUGCUGAGCAUGGUUCUGAAGCUUAGCAGGAACCUCCUAUCUGAUGAAUGGGAAACAAUGAAGGGAGACACCAGGCCACUCGGCAGAGAGGAGGACGCCAGCGGGAGGGAAGACUCCAUCAUCACCAAUGGGGACUGCAGCAACCAUUCUUCCGACUCUAAGGACGCGCCGUCACCCCCCAUCUUGGAGGCCAUCAGCACCCCGGAGAUCAGAGGCCGCAGAUCAAGCUCACGACUGUCCAAGAGAGAGGUCUCCAGCCUGCUAAGUUAUACUCAGGACCUGACGGGUGAUGGAGAAGGUGAUGAGGAAGACGGAGAUGGCUCCGACACUCCAAUAAUGCCAAAACUCUUCCGGGAAACCAGGACUCGGUCUGAAAGCCCAGCUGUCCGAACCCGAAAUAACACCAGUGCCUCUGGCCGGGAGAGGCACAGGCUCUCCCUCCGUUCUACCCGAGGCCGGCCCGGCCGUAAUCACAUGGACGAGUCCCCAGUGGAGAUCUCAACUACCAGGUCCCUGAGGCGGCGCACAGCAUCGUCGGCAGGCACCCCGUGGCCGUCCCCAGAGAGCCCCUACCCCACCAUCGACCUCACAGAUGACAGUGUGAUGCCCCAGAGCAGUAGUACCCCUUACACCCGCCUGGCUCAGGACGGCCAACAGGAGAACUCGGACUCCCCACAGAUGUAUGCAGAGGGCAGAGAUACGGAUGGCACCGAGUAUCAGGAUGGGAAGGAGUUUGGAAUAGGGGACCUUGUGUGGGGGAAGAUCAAGGGCUUCUCCUGGUGGCCUGCCAUGGUCGUGUCCUGGAAGGUCACCUCCAAGCGCCAGGCCAUGUCCGGCAUGCGGUGGGUCCAGUGGUUUGGCGACGGCAAGUUCUCUGAGGUCUCUGCAGAUAAGCUGGUGGCCUUGGGGCUAUUCAGCCAGCACUUUAAUCUGGCGACCUUCAAUAAGCUGGUCUCUUACAGGAAGGCCAUGUACCACGCUCUGGAGAAAGCCAGGGUGCGGGCUGGCAAGACCUUCCCCAGCAGCCCCGGAGACUCAUUGGAGGACCAGCUGAAGCCCAUGUUGGAGUGGGCCCAUGGGGGCUUCAAGCCCACCGGGAUCGAGGGCCUCAAACCCAACAACAAGCAAACAGUGGUUAAUAAGUCGAAGAGGUCACUGGAAAAGAAAUCUCAACCUGAACCUCAUCCCCCACUUCACUCUCAACCUUCACAAGUCCUCCAUCCAGAGAACAAGAAGCGCAGACGCACCACUGAUGACUCGACCACCUCCGCGGACUACUGCCCCCAGCCGAAGCGCCUGAAGACAAACUAUAACAAUGGCAAAGACAGAGGAGAGGAGGACCAGACCCGAGAGCAAAUGGCUUUGGAUGUUGCCAACAAUAAGAGCAGUCUGGAAGACAGCUGUUUGUCCUGCGGUAGGAAAAACCCCGUGUCCUUCCACCCUCUCUUUGAGGGGGGGCUCUGUCAGACAUGUCGGGACCGGUUCCUCGAGCUGUUCUACAUGUAUGAUGAUGAUGGCUAUCAGUCCUACUGCACCGUGUGCUGUGAGGGGCGCGAGCUGCUCUUGUGCAGCAACACAAGCUGCUGCCGGUGCUUUUGUGUGGAGUGCCUGGAUUUGCUGGUGGGCUCGGGCACAGCAGCCGAUGCCAAGCUGCAAGAGCCCUGGAGCUGCUACAUGUGCCUCCCGCAGCGCUGUCACGGGGUCCUGCAGCGCCGGAAGGACUGGAAUGUUCGCCUGCAGUCCUUUUUCACCAGUGACCCUGAUCUUGAAUACGAGGCCCCCAAGUUAUACCCUGCGAUUCCUGCAGCCCGAAGGCGGCCCAUUCGAGUCUUGUCCCUGUUUGAUGGAAUUGCCACAGGGUACUUAGUCCUCAAAGAAUUGGGGAUCAAAGUAGAGAAGUAUGUCGCCUCUGAAGUGUGUGAAGAGUCUAUCGCCGUUGGAACUGUUAAGCACGAAGGCAAUAUUAAAUACGUGAACGAUGUCAGGAACAUCACAAAGAAAAACGUUGAAGAAUGGGGUCCCUUUGACUUGGUAAUUGGUGGGAGCCCAUGCAAUGACCUCUCAAAUGUGAAUCCCGCCAGGAAAGGCCUAUAUGAGGGCACAGGCCGACUUUUCUUCGAGUUCUACCACCUGCUGAAUUACGCAAGGCCCAAGGAAGGUGACGACCGGCCCUUCUUCUGGAUGUUUGAGAACGUGGUAGCCAUGAAGGUUGGUGACAAGAGGGACAUCUGUCGUUUCCUAGAGUGUAAUCCAGUGAUGAUUGAUGCCAUCAAAGUGUCUGCUGCUCACAGGGCCCGAUACUUCUGGGGCAACCUGCCCGGGAUGAACAGGCCUGUGAUAGCAUCAAAGAAUGAUAAACUCGAGCUGCAGGACUGCUUGGAGUUCAAUAGGACAGCAAAGUUAAAGAAGGUACAGACAAUAACCACCAAGUCGAACUCAAUCAGACAGGGGAAAAACCAACUUUUCCCUGUUGUCAUGAAUGGCAAAGAAGAUGUUUUGUGGUGCACUGAGCUAGAAAGGAUCUUCGGCUUUCCUGUACACUACACGGAUGUGUCCAACAUGGGCCGUGUUGCCCGCCAGAAGCUGCUCGGGAGGUCCUGGAGCGUGCCUGUCAUCCGACACCUCUUCGCCCCCCUGAAGGACUACUUUGCCUGUGAAUAGUCCCCCAGCCACUCUGGGGCACUGGAGUGCGGGGGACAGAGCUGGGGCCCAGGAGGUACAUCCCAGGCUCUGUCCUUUAGCUCAAUUGUGUUGGGGCCACAGCAUGGAUCUUGGGCCACAGCCACCCGACACCCUCCUGGCAGGGGGUGCCCGGGUACCACCUCCUUGCGCACAAUUCAACUUGGCCCUCUUGAAAUGGCCAAACACGGUGCUCAUCUUGUCUUCUAAAACUUUGAAACUUGAAGUAGUUAGUAAAGAUUGCUUUUUCCCACCCCCCUCCUCCUGGGUUUACCGCUCAGAAACAAUAGCUAAUAUACCAAAACCACAGUGCUGACUGCUCUCCCACACUCAGGUUAAGGCUGAAAAGUUAACCGAGACAGUGACUGCAAUACUUUUAUUUUUUAAGCGUCUGCAGCAGAUUGUUUCCAGGAGUGUACAGUGGUAGACAUGUUGUAGCUGAGGGCCGUUUUAAUGGACCAGGAUGCUUUUUUCUAGGGCAGAUUUGGAAAUGAUGUCUGCCAUUCUUGAAUUUUACCCAGCAUGUUCCCCUCACCUUAGUAUAAAGGGCUGGGAUGCACUGUUGGGGCCCAUUGAGAGUAUUGUCCACACUGGUGAUAAUUUCAGGGCUAUUUUCCCUUCUAGACACAAGGAAGGAAGGGUCACUUUUAGCUACAUCCCUCGCAGUGACUGCAAGAGAACCCUUUAGGCAGUUCAGGAAGGAAGGAGUGGCUGGGUCAUAUUAUGAAGGUAGGUAUGGCCUCUCACUAUCUCCCAUGUGAGGAGUGAAAGAGGAUGCUUGGGUAAGGACUUCCCCACCCCCACACAAACACGAAUACACGAAUGCACCUUCCUGACUUCACAGAUACAAGUCCCCCAGACUGGAAGUAUGACCCUAGCUCCUUGGUCUUUCUCAGAAGAGAAGCAGCGAUAGCCAGGGGCAGAAGCACAUUCCUUGUAUCUAAGAGAUUGCAGGGGGAAACUGAAUAACAGUGUGACCCUCCUUCCAGAGAUUUUUUAAAGUCCUUUUUUAUUCCAUGAUAAUUCUUUUGUAGGGAUAACAUGAGGUGGGCAAGCUGCAUUUCAGAAAUGCUGUUGUAAUGGUUUUUAACACCUUUUACUCUUCUUACUGGUGCUAUUUUGUAGAAUAAGGAAUAAUAUUGACAGGUUUUGUGGGCGUUUUUUUAAAUACAUUUUUUAAAACUCAGACUUCUAUUUUUGUUUUACCAUUUUCAUAGAAGUUUUUUGUGUGUGACUGGAGUCACAUAACAAGGAUGGGGGUAAAUUGUGCCUUGUUUCAACAGUUUUUUUUGUUAAUUUUUAGGCUGAAAGAUAAGGGAUGCCUAUUGUUUACCUUAUGUUGGAUUAAAAUCAGUAUUUCUCUAUAA